AUGGCCCGAACCAAGCAAACCGCUCGAAAAUCCACCGGUGGUAAAGCCCCAAGAAAGCAACUCGCUACCAAGGCUGCUCGAAAAUCCACUUCCAAGACCCAAGGAGCCGUUACCUCAGGUGGUGUCAAGAAGCCUCACAGAUACAGACCUGGUACUGUCGCUCUUAGAGAAAUCAGACGAUACCAAAAAUCCACUGAGCUCCUUAUCCGAAAACUCCCUUUCCAGCGAUUAGUCAGAGAAAUCGCUCAAGACUUCAAGACUGACUUGCGAUUCCAAUCUUCCGCCGUUCUCGCUCUUCAAGAAGCCUCUGAAGCUUACCUCGUCUCUCUCUUCGAGGACACCAACCUUGCUGCCAUCCACGCUAAGAGAGUUACCAUCCAACCUAAGGAUCUUCAACUCGCCCGAAGACUCCGAGGUGAACGAUCAUAA